AUGGGUCGGAUUUUUCUCCUGAGUUUACCCCAAGAACCACUGUUUUUAUCCAAAUUGAAAACCCACCACUGGCCAAGGCUGCAGAAACAACCACCACUUUGGUUUACCGGAGAGUCUGCCCAAUCUCUCAAAUGCCACAGUGUUCAAUCUUCCUCUCAAGGAACUUUGAAGGUGGUUAAUCACGUUGAGAGCUUACUUGAUAAUAAGGCCUUUGCUUGUAAUGAAGAAGAAUCAGAAUCAAACGCUUUACCUUAUGUACAAACUCUUGGGAAAUUUCCAAAGGGAGAGCUCUUUGAAAAAGUUGUCUUGGUCAGGUUUGAUUCCACCAUUUUGUUUGGGAAAGAGGCUGAGAAAAUUUCUCAAUCAGCUUCAAAUGCCCUCUUGACAAUUAAGUAUUUACAUGAAGCCGGAGCUAAAAUUAUUCUAGUCAGUGACUGGAGUGUGAAAAAUAAGUCAAAACCCUUUGCUUCAGAGUCUGUUGCAGAUUUCCUGUCAUCUGUGUUGAAGUACAAGGUUGUUCCAGUAGGAUGCAUUUCUCCUGAGAAAUCAUUAAGGACGGAAAGCUUUGAGAAAGCAGAUAUUCUUCUUCUUGAUAGUCUUUCAGAGUUCAAAGAGGAAGUUGCUAAUUGCCCAGAAUUUUCUGAAGCAUUGUCGUACAGAGUUGAUAUUUUUGUCAAUGACUCCUUUUCCCAGUCUCAUAGGAUUCUUGCAUCCACUGUCGGUGUUACUCGGUUCUGCUAUGCCUGUCUAGCUGGUUUUCACUUUGAGGAAAGCCUAAAUCAACUUAGGAACAUUAAGGAAUCUGAAAGAGAACAUUAUGUGGCAAUUAUUGGAGGGGGUAAUCUACUUGAUAAAGCGGCCGCCUUGCGGUUUUUAGCUUGUAGAUGUGAGAGACUAGUCUUUGUUGGAAUGAUGGCUUUUCAAAUAAUGCAUGCCUUAGGGCUAUCUGUGCCUUUGAAUCUGGUGGAACGUGGUUCACUUAAACAAGCUUUAGAUAUAGUCCAGUUUGCACAAAGUAGAAAUGUAGAACUCCUAUAUCCCAAAGAUUUUUGGUGCAAGAAUGAUCGUCUUCCAACGCAAUUGAAGAUAUUUCCUUCUCAUGGUAUUAUGGAUGGGUGGUUACCUGUUGAUAUUGGGCCUGUGUCAUUGGAUGAAAUAAAGUCCUUGCUUACAAAAUGCAAGAAAAUUAUAUGGAUUGGUCCAGUGAAAUUCCACAAGAGCAGUUGUAUAAGUGGAGCUUCUAAACUGGCUCAAAUUCUUAAUCAACUUUCUCAAAGAGAUUGUGAUGUGAUUGUUGUUGGGAAUAUGGCAUGUGAAGCACUAAUCAAGGAAUCAAGUUGUUUCUCUGUUUCUAAUAUGGUUUACAAUGCUUCUGUUGUAUGGGAGUUUCUAAAAGGAAGAAAGCUUCCAGGGGUCAUGGCCUUAGAUAGAGCGUACCCAUUUGAUAUCGACUGGAACACAGUCUAUGUUGAUCCAUCCAAGCCUUUGGUAGUUGACAUUGGAAGUGGCAAUGGCUUGUUUCUUCAAGGAAUGUCUAAAAGAAGGAAGGAUUUAAACUAUCUCGGUUUAGAGAUUAACAAAACGCUUGUAACACGUUGUCUAGAUUCCAUCCAUAGACUUGGCAUAAGAAAUCUGUACUUCAUCAUGACAAAUGCAACGUCCGCGUUCCAUUCUCUAGUUUCUAGCUACCCUGGAAAGUUAACUCUCGUGUCAAUACAGUGUCCGAAUCCCGAUUUCAACAAUCCAGAACAUAGAUGGAGAAUGCUGCAGAGAUCAUUAGUUGAAGCAGUAGUGGAACUUCUUGCGCCUAAUGGAAAGGUCUUUCUGCAAUCUGACAUAGAGGCUGUCUCAAUGAGAAUGAAAGAAGAGUUCUUGAAGUAUGGCAAGGGCAAACUCAUUGUGCAUGAAGAGAGCAAUGCCAUGACCAGUCGAGGGUGGCUGAAGGAGAACCCAUUUGGGGUUCGGUCGGAUUGGGAACAACACGUGUUGGACCGUGGCGCCCCAAUGUACAGACUAAUUCUUUCUAAAUUUAUUGGAAGAGCUGACAUAUGAAGCUGGUUCUUCAAAUGGAACAAACUAGAUAUCUUUGUACUUCUCAGAGGUCAUUUAUAUGAGGUUCAUUUCUAUAGCCUUUUAGGGACCACAUUUGAUAUUUCUAAGCCAUAUAAUCUAGGCAUUCAUAACAUACAAGUGAGUUGUUGCAUACAGGUACAGGAGAUGUACCCUUAGAAAAAUGCUAGUUACCUCCAUUAACCAACUUAGAGAGUGACCUGUAAGAGUAAGAUUUUUGGAGACCAUAUGUCGUAAUUAGUGAGUCUCAGAGUUGACAUG